AUGUAUAUUUCCAACAUUGCGCUCCUUGCCUCCGCCACAGCCGUGGCGGCUAACUGCCCGUCUUUCCCCUCCUCGCUCGUGGAAUACUCUUCCGAAUUCAAGCAGCCCACGCCACCGGCGGUCAAGCCAGAGUUCCAGACACACUUUGUACAGCACAAAUGGAACCAGAACCUCUCCCACAUCCAGACCGGCUACAUGUACAACUCCCCCGCCAAGAACCUCGUCCGCGUCGACGAAACCUUUGAAGACGGCCUCGCCACGUCCGUGUUCAACUUUGCCAACGUCACCGAGGACGCACGUGUCGACAACACGCUCACCUCGGUGUUUAAAGAUUUCGCCCACCCCCAAGUAUGGAGGGGCUACGUGAACACCAAUUAUCCCCUCAUCGGUGCCGAUUUUCUCGCCAAGGCCGGCGCCGUGUUUUCAGGAUUGGUUGAGCGGGAUUUUAUUCCGGGGAGGGUUGCUUCAUGGAGCAUUAUGUACCAAGGCGCUAUUCCGGUCACGGUGUACGUGGAUGGGUGUAAUGUUGUGCAGGGCUAUGAUUACUUUGCUCCCAUUGAGAGAACUAGGGUGACCACUUCGUUUUUCAACACGCGCGUCGGAAAGGUGGACAUUUGA